GCGUUUGCCGCGCGCACACGUUUGCUUAGCGCUCGCGUUCCGUGCACACUUCGCCCACACAUGACCUAGACACCGGUUUGAUCAUCUAACACAAGACACUUUCAUAAUAACUUUGAAAUCAAAGACAGGAUACAAUAAUGGAUAUAAAAUAGUGUUGAAAACAGCAGAAAAAGUAACUGUAGUGAUCAGUGUUUGAACUUCAACGGUUGUUCUCUUCGUAAGUGUUCGGCUAUCAUCGGGUGUGUUCGGAAAAGGCCGAAGCCAUCCGAUUGGAGUGGAGGUGUAAGAUGGAAGAUAAUGCUGACAGGCAGUGUAAAUAUAGAACCUCCCUCCCAGUGGCUCAGUUCAGCCGCGGCGACUUCUCCCUCUGGUCUGUGCUGAAGAACUGCGUCGGCAAGGAGCUGUCCAAGAUCACCAUGCCGGUGGUGUUCAACGAGCCACUGUCCUUCCUCCAGCGUAUGCUGGAGUACCUAGAGUAUGCCCAUCUGUUGCGCAUGGCGUCCGAGCAAACCGACCCCGUGGCUCGGAUGGAGUAUAUUGCUGCGUUCGCAGUGAGUGCGUUGGCGUCCAACUGGGAACGUCUGGGCAAGCCGUUCAACCCACUCCUGGGCGAGACGUAUGAACUUGAACGUCCGGAGUUCAGGGCGGUUUGUGAACAGGUAUCCCACCACCCUCCCGUGUCUGCAUUCCACGCGGACAGCCCGCACUUCGUGUUCCAUGGCUCCGUGCACCCCAAGCUGAAGUUCUGCGGCAAGAGCGUCGAGAUACAGCCCAAGGGACACGUCACUGUUGAGUUACCUAGAUGGGGUGAAGCCUACACCUGGAGUAACGUGAACUGCUGCGUCCACAACGUGAUCGUGGGCAAAUUGUGGAUCGAGCAGUUUGGAGCCAUGGAGGUGACCUGCCAUGGCGGCGCUGGUCUGAAGGCCAACCUCGUGUUCAAGCCGGCUGGCUUCAACAACAGGGAUCUGCACAGAGUUGACGGGUUCAUUGUUGAUGCUAACAAGAAGCGCAUAAAGUUCCUGUACGGCAAAUGGACGGAGUAUAUAAAAUGCUGCAGUGCUGCCGCCUACGAGCAGUGGGCCAAGGAGCGCGGGGAGGAGGCGUCCUCACAGACUCCCUCACACACGCCUAAGAAGAUGCUCGCUAAGUUGAACAGCUUCAAAGUUGGAGCACUGCGGUCUAUGUCUAUCCAAGACCCAGAUGAUGCGGAGAAUUCAGAAGACGUUCCUAAGUCAGACGAUACGAAUAACAUCGAGAUCGCUGGCUCUGUCACCCUGUGGGAGGCGAGGCCGCGGCCUUCCACUAGUGCUCAGUACUACCAAUUCACGGAAUUCGCGAUGUCUCUUAACGAGUUGGAGAGGGACAUGAAAGGCCAGCUCUGUCCCACGGACAGUCGGCUGAGGCCUGACAUCCGACUGCUGGAGCAAGGAGACAUCGACGGAGCUGCCACUGAGAAGACCAGGCUCGAGGAGAAACAACGGACUGCUAGGAAACUGCUCAAAAAGUCACCUGAGGCUUGGCAACCUAGGUGGUUCAGUCAAGGCACAAACCCCUAUACGAAACAAGAGGACUGGCUGUACAACGGAGGCUACUGGGACCGCAACUACCAACAUUUAAAGGACGUCGACAUUUUCUAAUCACCUACCUCUAACUCUGCCCAUACUCUCUACGUACAAACUCGAUGACUGGAAACUAAAAGACAAAAAAUACUAUAAAAAAUACAGAACAGCUAUUUAUUAACUAGUUUCUUUUAGCAAUUUCUAAAAUUAAUAUUUAUAUUUUACAACAUAAGCUAUUGUGUAUAUUUUUGUGCCAAAGUUUAUUUAUGUAUUAUUUUUAUAAGUUUGACCUAAUAAUCUCUUUUGUGGUUAGAACGAAGCUUCGCUUCUGGUGACACUGGCCGAUUUAAAAUUAAAUUAUAAAUAUUUUUAUUAUUUGGAUAGUGAUGAAAGAUACUAUGGAAUUGUGAAGAGCAAUCAUAUUUUUAAAAUUAAUAUUCGAAUGUUCGGACAACUUUAUUGUUUGUUGAAAAUGGAAACAACAUCUGGGUAGUUGAGGUUCAGUUGUCCGAAAAAAUCGAGAAUUUGAAUAGCUAUUAAUUUGAAAUUAAUAGCAGUCAUUAUGACGUACUUAUGAGCAUGUAUAUUAAUUUGAUGAACAUUAAUAUUGGCGCGAUUAGUUGACAAAAUUAAAUGUAAAUAAGAUUAUUAUCAAGACACGAUGGAUUUGGAACUAAGAUUAAAUGAAUUGAAUUGUAUAUAGGGUUAUAAUGUAGUGGACCAGAACGGAAUGGUGUUAUCAAAGAAGAAUCAUAUUUUCGGCGUGAAGUUAUAUCUAGGUAAGGAAUGUAAACUAGGAUAGUGAUUGAAGGUAAUUGGGGCAAAACAUUUAUUUAUUUAGGUAGUCAGCGCAGUUAUUUUGGUAUACAGGAUUUAGAGACAGUAGCUAUUGUUAUACUUUACAUUGUUUUUUGACGAAGACUAUUAUCUUUUGAAAUCAUUGGUCAGCCUAGUAGCAAACCAAUGAGAAAAUAGUCUCUUCUGAAUCAAUAUUUUCGUAGUUUUAUUUUCAUAUACCUGUACCAAAUAACUGGGUUGAUUAUAUACGUAAUAUAACUGUAAGUUAUUCCAUUAUUUAGUUAGUGCUUUGUUGUAUUUUGUAUCAAAAUAUAUAUACCUGAUAUAUAGUUGAUUACAGUUACGCAGAAUUCGAUGUAAAUGUACGAACAGCACACCGUGCAUACUAAGCAAAAUAUAUUGUAGGUAGUUAUUUUUUCUGUAAGUAUUUUUCUUAUAUAUAUUGUCUUGACCUAAUAAUCUUCAAUCAAAAAGUAUAUAUUUAUCUAGUCGUGGAUAAUAUAGAAAA